AUGACAAGUUUCAAAUUGGUAAAGUAUACCCCUAGGAUAAAGAAGAAGAAGGGGCUGAGAAAACUCGCAAGAAAAGUUCCAACCGAUCGUCUACUUAAAUUCGAACGGGUUUUCAAAGCACAAAAACGCAUACAUAUGUCUGUUUUCAAAGCACAAAGAGUUCUAGAUGAGAUUCGCUGGCGUUACUACGAGGAAACCGUUAUGAUACUGAAUCUCAUGCCUUAUCGAGCAUCGUAUCCCAUCUUAAAGUUGGUUUAUUCGGCAGCAGCAAAUGCUACUCAUUAUAGGGAUUUCGACAAAACGAAUUUAUUCAUCACUAAAGCCGAAGUCAGUAGGAGUACUAUUAUGAAAAAAUUCAGACCUCGAGCUCGAGGACGUAGUUAUUCUAUAAAAAAAACGAUGUGUAAUAUAACAAUUGUACUAAAUAUAGUAAAGAAAUCUAAAUAA